AUGGCCUUCAGCCUCAAAAACUACUUGCUGUAUUCCCCGUAUUUUUGUUUCUGUAUACCAGUGCGAUUCGGAUUCGUGCUACUGACUUGUCUGUCCUUCCUCUUUUCGGGUUUACUAUCUGUUUUGGUGUGGUUUGAACUGUCUCGUGCGUAUUCGUAUUCACUCACUAGUCAGGAGAAAUCCUCCUUUUGGGCUGUGGGCAUCAUAGAAACUAUAUUGCUUGCUGUGUCUGUCAUUGGGUUCAUUGGCGCGGUUGCACGCAAGCAACGAUUUGUCGCAGUUUACGCAUACUUCGUCUAUAUCCAUCUUCUCCUCAAUGUCAUUGUCGGCAUCUACUUCCUCGUUACCAUCCGCCAGAGCAACCGACAACAGCUAGUUGACGAAUGCUAUACUGUAUUCUCCAACAAUCCAUCUGAAUCCAACUGUCAAAGCCUCAUGAAUGUCUCAACAUACGUAUUCAUUGCUGUGGUAUCACUUGUAUUGCUUCUUGAACUAUACGGUGCUCUCAUCGCCACUCGCUAUCUUAACACACUCACAAAGCAGAAGAAGGUCGAACAC